AUGGAACUUGUUUCGUCAACUAAAGCAUUGCUUCAAAACUUGAGGGAUAAUGGGCUAGAUAAAUUAAUCACUGAGGUAACUACAUUUUGUGCUGCUAGAAACAUAGAUAUUCCUGAUUUAGAUGAUAAUUAUGUUCCAUUAGUAAAAGGAGUUGAAGCUCGUCAUCAUUCAAGUACUUUCACUAUCAUGCAACAUUAUCGUGUGGAUAUUUUUAGUGCUGCUAUAGAUGCUCAAUUAUAUGAACUAAAUAUUAGGUUCAACGAAGAAGCGAUGGAGUUACUUAUCCUUAGUUCAGCUUUGGGUCCUCGUGAAGGGAAAAAUUCAUAUAAAAUUGAUGAUAUUUGCAAAUUAGUUGAUAAGUUUUAUCCAAAGGACUUCACAGACCAAGAGAAGUUACACUUGAAAAUACAACUUCAACGUUAUGAGCAUAAUGUUGUUUCUUCUGAAGAGUUCAAGAAAUUGAAGAAUAUAUCUAGUUUGUGUGAAUGGUUGGUGAAGAAUGGAAAAUCGAUUACAUAUUUUCUUAUACACCGGGUGAUUGAACUUGUGCUUUCCCUACCAGUUUCUACUGCAACAGCAAAGCGAGUUUUUCCGGCGAUGAAAACUAUCAAAACAAGACUUCGCAGCAAAAUGGGUGAUGAUUUUCUUGGAUGA